UGUAUAGGUACAGUCGUUCAGUACAUUCAUUCCGAUUUUGAAGCGAAGUGUUAAAGUGUGUUUUAUAAUAGUUUUUUGAAUUUAACUAAAAUUGUGAAGAUAUAGUAAAUUUAUUGCUUUUGUAAUAAUUCAAGACGUAACUUGAAUUAAAUAAUCAUAAAAAAUUCCCAGUAAUUUGAAAUAUUAAAAUCAAACAUGUCUGAUAAGCCAAAGCGUCCUCUAUCCGCAUAUAUGCUGUGGUUGAACAGUGCUCGCGAACAAAUUAAGCGCGAAAAUCCUGGUAUUAAGGUUACCGAAGUCGCGAAAAAAGGCGGAGAAUUAUGGCGUGCCAUGAAGGACAAAUCUGAAUGGGAAGCGAAGGCUGCCAAGGCUAAAGAGAAUUACGAAGAUGCUGUGCGAGAAUUCGAGGCGAAUGGCGGCAGCUCAGCAAAUGGUAAUACCAAGAAACGUGGUAAGGCAGCGAAAAAACCCGCUAAAAAGAGCAAGAAGGCCGAGUCGGAAGAUGAUGAUGAUGACGAUGAUGAUGAAGAAAGCGAAUAAAAAAUCACAAAAUUCUACACUUAAAAAUAAUAUAAGUUCUACUUGUUCAUUUGCCACAACCAUCUCUGCUAAAUCUUACAACAAAGUUAUAUUCAUUUAUGUCAAAAAAAAAAUAUCACUAAAUUUCAAUUUAUAAAAACAGUAAAAGAGAAAAAUGGAAGUGACUGGCCACCGACCGUUUACACUCAUGCAUUUAUUAUAUGAAAAGUAUUAGUUUUUAGUAAAAGUAAUAUAUGCAAAGUCGUAACAAAAAAUAUUUGCAUUUAAUAAUUUAAUAUAAACUUAAAUAAUAAAAAAAAAUUAAAAUGAGCAAAUGCAUAGUUAUAUUAUAAGUGAAUGUUCUUUCCCAGUCGUGAAAAAUAAAAGAAUGCUAUUAUAUAUGUGACUGAA